AUGAAUUUUAUAAGGACCUUAGCUACGAGAACGGCCGCAAAGUUUCAAGAUGUGGUGAUAAUAGGUGGAGGUCCAGCAGGGUUGACCCUUUUAUCGGCUUUGAAAACGUCGCCGAAACUAAAGCAUCUACAAUGUACUUUGGUGGAGGGGCAAUCGUUGGAUUCAGUACGAGAAUUUGAAGUCAAUCCACCAGAGAACUACACCAAUAAAAUAGUAUCAUUAACCCCCAAAUCAAUUGAGUUUAUGCAACACCGAAUUGGGAACUGGGAAUACGUCCACCAGGAUCGAGUGAAGGAAUACGAUGGUAUCGUUGCCUAUGACUCGCAAGAUGCUUCAGCACGAAUUGAAUUUGACAUAACGUCAAUUGGAAAAGAUACGUUAGCAACAAUGUGCGAGGUGAUUAAUAUCCAGAGUUCGUUAUUGAGAAAAUUGGAGGAGUUGUCAAUACAUCCGGCAAGCGGGAUUGAAAUUUUGGAUUCGACCAAAGUCACAGAGAUUAUCAACCCAGUGGAAGAGUCUAGAGACUUGGACAACCAUGACUUGAACCAGCCCGACAUUACUGUUGGAAACUCGAAUUUGGACUGGCCAAUUGUAAAGUUAUCUAAUGGAGAAUCCAUUCAAGCCAGAUUGUUAAUUGGUGCUGACGGUUAUAACUCGCCAGUGCGCAAGUAUGCGCAUAUCGAGUCUCGAGGCUGGCAGUACAACCGGUUUGGAGUUGUUGCAUGUGUAAAGUUGCACUACGAGGACUUCAGGUCUAUUGGAUGGCAACGUUUUCUCACGACUGGUCCUUUGGCCAUAUUGCCAUUGACAGAAGACAAUGCCACGAUUGUUUGGUCUUCUACGCCAGAACUAAGCAGUUUGUUGUUGAAGGUGAAUGAAGCUAUUUUCCCUCAUUUGGUUACUGCCGCAAUGGUGUUGGAAGAGGUCGAUUUGAACUACAUCUACAGCGUCUUGGAAGAAGAUCCCAACGAUUUCUCAGUAUUGAAAGAUAUUGAAUGGCGAUUGUCCAAAUAUGAUCCUAGAACCUUGGAGGAAAACUACCCUUUGCCUGUAGUCGAGCUCGCUCCUGACUCUAGGGCUAGGUUUCCAUUAAAGAUGUCUCACGCUGAUACCUAUGUUGCUCCAAGGGUGGCUCUUGUUGGAGAUGCUGCACACACGAUACAUCCAUUAGCAGGACAGGGCUUGAAUAUGGGACAGUCUGAUGUAGCUGCUUUGGUAGAGGCAUUGGAAAAGGGGGUUAGCAGAGGCAUGGAUUUGGGCUCGACAUUGGUGUUGGAAGAGUACAAUGCAAACGCUUGGCCUGCGAAUCAUACCAUGUUAGGUGCUUGUGACAAGCUACACAAAAUAUUUUCAACCGAUUUUUAUCCGCUAGUACUUGCCAGGGGUGCUGCAACUGCAACUCCAUGCAGAGCAAACUUUAUGAAAUCUUCUUUGAGACAAUUUUACAAUGCGUUCAGUCCAUUGAAGCAGAGUCAGUCCAUAACAGCCAACUACCGCAAAUUACGCGAACAUUAUGAUGUACCAAAAUACCCCAUAGUUUUGUGCCAUGGGUUCUCUGGGUUUGAUAAGUUGACAUUGCUAGCCAAGCCAGACCUUGCAAUAGGCGAGGCCGUGAGUUCAGCCAAAGAAGCAAUGAAAGACGACAAACAGAAAGCAGAGGAAGCGAAACAACUGAUACUUGAAUUAGAAUACUGGGCUGGGAUAAAAGAAGCUUUGCAGAAAUUGGGGUCAACAGUAUUCAUAGCCAAGGUUCCUGCCUUUGGCGAUAUUGAAAGUAGGGCCCGCAGCUUGGACAGAUUCAUAACAAAGCAAUGCAAGAUAUUAAGGGAGCGGGAAUCAAAGUCAACAAUAUAUACAGAUGAUAGACACAAGAAUCAUGACACUUUCAAAGAGGAGGGCAAGCCUAUUAAAAUUAAUCUCAUUAGCCAUUCAAUGGGUGGGUUGGACUCUCGGUAUCUCAUAUCGAAAAUACACAGGAAUGAAAAGAUUUAUAAAGUUGUAUCGCUUACCACCAUUUCGACGCCUCAUCAUGGCUCCGAAUGCGCUGAUUUUCUCGUUGAUCUUGUUGGGAAGAAUCCGUUGUUGAAGCAAAUUUGUCCUAGAUCCAUAUACGAGCUUACGACGUCAUCGAUGGCGAAAUUCAACAAGAAUGUGCCAGAUGAUCCUAAUGUCCAGUACUUUUCAUUUGGCGCUAAAUUCAAUCCCCGUUGGUACAAUUUGUUCAACAUAACUUGGCAAAUAAUGAAUUACGAAAUAGGUAAACAAAACUCGAAAGGGAAUAAAUCUGCAAACAUAGCACACUUUGCAAAUGAUGGUUUAGUAAGUGUUGAUAGUGCAAAGUGGGGGACUUAUAUUGGCACUCUUGAUCAAGUGGAUCAUUUGGAUCUAAUAAACUGGACAAACAGAGCACGUAGUUUCUUUGACAAGAUUAUGUGGGCACAAGAUCCUCCUUUUGAUCCUAUAGCUUUGUACUUGGACAUUGCUGAUAAAUUGGCAAAGAGAGGGCUUUAG